AUGUGUUUGACAACAAAACAUCCAAUAAAACAAGAUAUCAAACAAUUACCUCAGUUGAUAUUAUUAAGUUUUGUUGGAAAUUUGAAUAAAUAUUCGUUGGAUUCGAUUCGAACAAUAUUAAAUCCUGUUCACCGUAAUCCAAACAAAUGUCCAAUAUCGAGUACAUUUAUUGUUAAUGACAAUUACACAGAUUAUUGUCUUGUACAACGUUUAUUUGACAACAACAACGAAAUAGCUAUAACAGCAGCAAGCAACAAAUGUCCACUAACAAAUUGUUAUGAAGAAAAUUCAUGGAUUGAAUGGGGUCAACGUAAAUGGAUUAAUGAAAUUAAAAUACAACGUGAAAAUGUUGCUCAAAAAGCUCAUAUUCAUUAUUCACAUAUUAAAGGUUUUCGUACACCUCAUUUACAAAUCGAUGAUAAACGACAUUUACAUAUAAUGCGAGAUUUUAGUUUUAAUUAUGAUUCAUCAAUGGUAUUUUCAAGACUUAAACGUAAUGAUCAAGAAAAUAUAACAUUACCAUUAUGGCCAUUUACAUUAGAUUAUCAAGUUGGUAAUAUAGAUUUAAUAUGUGAUAAUUGUGGUAGUGGAAAUACAACAUUUCAAGGACUUUGGGAAUUUCCUUUACAUCACUGGCAUCAUCCAAAUAGUAAAAUAUUCUAUAAAACUACCGUAAAAUGUCGUACAUUAGCGGAUGAUCACUCGCAAUGUUUUCCAAAUGGUGAAUCAGUUGAUUUAUUAUAUGAACUUAUCAUGUAUAAUUUUAAUUUACAUUAUAAUGUUAAUCGUGCACCAUUUGUUAUUGAACUUGAUCUAUAUUGGUUACAUAAUAAUGAUCAACGUCAAGAAGCAAUUGUUCGUUUUAUUGAAAAUUUAUUAACAAAAAAAAAUGAUGAUAUCUAUUUUGUUUCAAUUUCACAAGCUCUUGAAUGGAUGAAAUAUCCACGUUUAAUUAAUGAAACUAAAACGUUUUGGGCAUUUCAAUGUGGUGAUACAAAAUAUGAUUAUGAUAUUGAAUGUACUGACAAUGAUGAUAAUAAUAUGAAUGGAGAUUUAAAAAAUGCUAAAGAUAAAGAAGAAACAAUUGUCGAUUAUCAAAAUGAACAAUUGUUUCGUAGUGGAAUGCUAUUUCAUUGUACAUGGAUAUUUUUAUUAUUAAUUUUAGCGAUUAUAUUCUAUGAUAAAUAUUUGGCCAAAUAA